AUGAUCCUGUUUUGUCCUGGGGUCAGACAGGACCUCAUUUCCCCCAAAACCACAGGUCCUGGGGUCAGACAGGACCUCAGUUCCCCCAAAACCACAGGUCCCGGGGUCAGACAGGACCUCAGUUCCCCCAAAACCACAGGUCCCGGGGUCAGACAGGACCUCAGUUCCCCCAAAACCACAGGUCCUGGGGUCAGACAGGACCUCAGUUCCCCCAAAACCACAGGUCCUGGGGUCAGACAGGACCUCAGUUCCCCCAAAACCACAGGUCCUGGGGUCAGACAGGACCUCAGUUCCCCCAAAACCACAGGUCCUGGGGUCAGACAGGACCUCAGUUCCCCCAAAACCACAGGUCCUGGGGUCAGACAGGACCUCAGUUCCCCCAAAACCACAGGUCCUGGGGUCAGACAGGACCUCAGUUCCCCCAAAACCACAGGUCCUGGGGUCAGACAGGACCUCAGUUCCUCCAAAACCACAGGUCCUGGGGUCAGACAGGACCUCAGUUCCCCCAAAACCACAGGUCCUGGGGUCAGACAGGACCUCAGUUCCCCCAAAACCACAGGUCCUGGGGUCAGACAGGACCUCAGUUCCUCCAAAACCACAGGUCCUGGGGUCAGACAGGACCUCAGUUCCCCCAAAACCACAGGUCCUGGGGUCAGACAGGACCUCAGUUCCCCCAAAACCACAGGUCCUGGGGUCAGACAGGACCUCAGUUCCCCCAAAACCACAGGUCCUGGGGUCAGACAGGACCUCAGUUCCCCCAAAACCACAGGUCCUGGGGUCAGACAGGACCUCGAACAGUUCAAGUCAGACAUAGUGAUGUAG